AUGUCAAGCCAAAGCUAUCCCGGUCCCUCAUAUAGCAGCAGCAGUGCCAAUGAACUAGCCCAUCAAAAAUCACCAAGCGGUGACUCCACGGUCCGCGUACUGAAUCAACGACCGAAACCACAAUGUUGGGACCAUGGAUGCAACGGCAGGCAAUUCUCUACCUUCAGCAAUCUACUACGACAUCAACGUGAAAAGUCGGGUACCGCCGCUAAAUCCUACUGCCCAAGAUGCGGCGCCGAAUUCACACGCACCACCGCGAGAAAUGGCCACUUGGCGCAUGACAAGUGCACCAAACAACGGCAAGGAUCGGACUCAAAGUAG